CGGAGCUGAGGCGGACUGGUGGCUAACGGCUGCCGGUUCCAGAGUUUGCGGACCGGAAGCUGGAAAUUGGGGGUAAAUUUAAUGGGGGAAGAGUAAAUGAGGAGAUCGCAGUGGCCGCUGAUGUUGAUCUGAGUCGUAACUGAGUUCACGGCCAUCUCCUGUCUUUUGAUUUUCACAAUAGUCGGUCCUGGAAGCCUGCGGUGCCGCCGCUGUUUGUAGUGGGGACGGCUUUGUGGUAGGACCGGUUACUUCCGUUGCUGUGGAGAGGAGCUUUUCAACAAUGGCCUGGAGAUUACCAGUUCUGUUUGGUACUGGAGAUCGAGUGGUAGAAAUGGAGGAUACGGAGGAUGACAAUCUUGCUAUAUCUGUUUCAUCUGAUGUUGAUGCCGAGUUCGAUACAGUAAUUGGGCACAUAGAAGAUAUUAUUAUGGAUGAAGAAUUUCAGCAGUUACAGAGAAAUUUUAUGGAUAAAUACUAUUUGGAAUUUGAGAAUACUGAAGAAAACAAGCUUAUUUACACUUCAAUUUUCCAAGAAUAUAUUGAUUUGUUAGAGAAGUACAUUGAACAGCAGUUGAUAGAGAGGAGACCAGCCUUCAGCAUGACUACGUUCAUUACAUCACUACAGCAACAUAAAGAUGAGAUAUCUGGAGAUAUAUUUGACAUGUUACUGACUUUCACAGAUUUCCUGGCUUUCAAAGAAAUGUUUCUUGACUACAGAAUGGAAAAGGAAGGGCGUGGCCUUGACUUUAGUGGAGAUCUUGUAGUGACAUCGUUAUCAAAAUCAUCUUCGUUGCCUCAGGCUUCACAAAACAUGCGACCUUUCCAGUAGUUUAUUGUAUCUCUCUGGAGUCCUACGUUUAGUCCCAUAGGCUUACAUAUUCCAAACACAAUUGAUAGACAUUUUGACACAUUAUAGUAUUCUCCAAGGACGGUUGUACAGGUACACCAUUAAACUACAAUAAAAGGCUUCAGUUCUAAUAUUUUUGUUUUUCAGAUCCUACUUAGCAAGAAUCUUGUUAUCUUUAACAACAUUUUCACACAUAGGGCAAAGGCCUCCUAAUCCUAUUUGCAGGUCUGCAUGCUGUAAUAAUCUUACAAAGAUUCUAGUGGCAGUACCUGAAGGUAAGGACAUGCAGCCACCACUUUAUGCUUUGAGACCCAUCUUGACAUGUCUUUAUCCGGAACUCUUGGCAGUAAUAUAAACAUUGUAAUUAGAGGCAGCGAUCACUGCCCAUUGUUAAUUGCACAAGUCCACAUGUCAUUUUUGGCCUGCUAGCUUGUAUGUAGCUUCCCGACCUAGAAACACUAAUAGCCUUUUGUUUUUGGCUCCCAUUGUUACAGUUCAGACCCCUUCAUUUUGCAAAGUAAUUCUUGAAAUGGAAAGUGGGAUCUUCAUACCAGAACUGUUUCUAAUUAAAAACACUGAGCCCAUAUCUAUGACUAUCAUUUUCCAUAACAUUCAGCACAUGCAGAAUCUACGAUGGUAAUUUUAGUGUUUUAAUGCUUCAACCAUUAAAAUGUGUGUUCCUGAGGUAGGCCAUUCCCACAUGCUGGUAAUUGGGUCAGUUUGCUACUUCGGCCUCUGUUAAUACUAGGAACCUGUAAAUAUAGCUGCGAUUGAAUCAAGAUUUUGUAUCUCCUCUAUGUUUGAGACUUCAAAUUGUGUUUUGGUUUGUUGCUAUUUUCAUAGUACGAUAGUAUUUCCUGAACAUAAACUGAGAUUUCCAUGGGAUAAUGUAUUGGUUGUAAUGCAGUUAGGUAAAGUCUGUGAUAAUAUUGUACAUACCACUUAGACACUCCCCAAAAAAAUGCACAUUUUACAUUUCAUUAACUAGAGGAUCCUGUAACUUAUUUGACCUAGUUGUAAAACAUAUUUUGUAAGAUUUCAGGUGGGAAACUUUGGUUCUUUUACCACUUAAACACUGUUCAUUGACUGGUUAGUUGGCCAGAACUGUAGCCAUUGGAUUAAAAAGUCAAAGUCUAUAACAUUGUUACGUCUAAUAGUUCAAAGAUCUUGUUGAGAGAAUACAGAGUAUUAUGGCUUUCCUAAUGUGUACAGUGAUUUUGCCGACUCAGCUCGUUUCGCUGAAAGUUACAAAUUCAUGCUUACUUAUUUUUCAUAUUUGUACAUAUAUUUUUAUUUGUGUAUUUUAAAUAAAAAAUUGCUGAGAUGCACUUUUGUAA